AUGGCUAGAGAGUACGUAAACAAAGAGGAGGUCAGCCAAGUCGUGGCAGCCAACAAACGGCAGCCCACCUAUCACCCUGCUCAUCAGCCCAGUAACAGGGAAAGGCCUAAGGAGCGCUCCAAGGACGGAAGGCCAGCUAAAACCUUCAAGCCGUUCUCCCGGGUAGGGAAGUUCACUAACUACACUCCAUUGAUGGCCCCGAUCGUCGAGGUGUACCAGCAGAUAGCCGACAAAGACAUCUUGUCGAAGCCUCGCCAGCUCAAGGAUAUAACUGGAGGGAACAAGAACCUCUACUGCGAUUACCACAAGGGUUACGGCCAUAAAACCCAAGAUUGUUUUGACCUGAAGGACGCUCUGGAGCAGGCGAUCCGAAAAGGUAAGCUAGCGGAGUUCUCUCACCUCAUAAGAGAACCCAAGAGGCGAGAUCGCGACCGAUUUGGCGAUGAUAGGGGCCGCGUCGUGAAACCAAGGCAAGAGCCCAAAGAGCACAGUGAACGCGGCCUCACCAUCGUGAACGUCGUAGUUGGGAGAGACGCUGCACCAAGGUCGAAGUCGGCAUACAAGAAAGACACCAAAAUCUUGGCCGUGUCAUUGUCUAGUCCUGCGCCUUCCCCCAGGAGAGUCCCGACAAUAUCAUUCAGACCAGAGGACCAAUGGUUCCACGACGUAUCGGACAACCCUCCCAUGGUAAUCACAGCAAGAGUGGGAACUGAUUUGGUCAGGCGAAUCCUCGUUGAUACCGGAGCCGACUUAAACAUCAUGUUCGGAAAUGUGUUUGACGCUCUGGGCCUCUGA